AUGUGCAUUGUGUGAAAACAAGUCAGAAGCUGUAAGGAACCUUAGUGGACAAAGUGUGCCAGCAUAAGUGAGGGUGGUAAAGUGGGAAGGAAGGACAUGAGCGACUAUUUAUAAAACUCUGAAAUGAGAGCCUGAGCAUGUGUUUCUGUCCGUCAGGCCGCAUGAUCGACUCAAAGCACGCUCGCUGUCCAGAUCUUGUCUUUACUGCUGUUUUGUGGACUUUUUACCACUAUUUCUUUGACUCCAUUUUUUGGGUUAUCGAUCUUCAUUCAUCAACUCUUGUUGGAUCUUUGUUCCCCCCUCUCCCCCUAUUUGGAUUCUUAUUUGUUUUUCUUUUCCGCGGUUCUCCUCUUGUCCAAGUGUGAGGUUUUUCUGGCUAUGCUAUCCUCGCCCACUGUCAUCCUUCAGCCUUAUGGACUCCCUGUCUACCCUCAGACAACCACAUGCUACCCCAGCCUAGUUCAGGGAGGCCCCACCCAAGAGGCGGGCCCGGGCGGGGCCGACCCCGCCCUGCCUCAGGUCUACGCCCCGCCGCCUUCUUACCCAACCCCAGGCCAAGGGUCUGCGACCUCUGCGGGCCGACUGCCGCCUCUCGAUUUUAGCGCCACACACCCCUCCUCAGAGUACCCCGAGCACCCCCAGCUGAGGGUCUACCAGGGCCCCCAGUUGGAGGGGGCGGAGCCUCUGGCACCCAGCAACACGGAGGAAGCCUUAGCACCCGUGACCUCCGACCCCCAAGCUCUGAGUGCCUCAGCGACAUCCGGUGGCGGCACGGGCAGCGGGAGUGACGAGGAAGGGUCGGCGAAGGUCCAGCCCAAGCGUCUCCACGUCUCAAACAUCCCCUUUCGCUUCCGAGACCCGGACCUCCGGCAGAUGUUUGGGCAAUUUGGAAAGAUCCUGGAUGUAGAAAUUAUCUUCAAUGAGAGGGGGUCAAAGGGAUUCGGAUUUGUCACCUUUGAGAGUGCGGCAGAAGCCGACCGAGCAAGAGAAAAACUCAAUGGAACAAUCGUGGAAGGCAGGAAGAUUGAGGUGAAUAACGCCACGGCAAGGGUGGUUACCAAAAAGCCGCAAACCCCGCACGUGAACGGCGACCUUUCAGCUUCGGGCUGGAAGAUCAACCCUGUCAUGGGGGCCAUGUAUGCACCAGAACUCUACACGGUGGCCAGUUUCCCGUACCCGGUGGCGGCACCCGCUCUGGCCUACCGCGGUUCGGCGCUGAGGGGCAGAGGUCGAGCCGUCUAUAACACCAUCCGCUCCGCUGCGGCCACGCCUGCUGCUGUGCCCGCAUACCCAGGCGUGGUGUAUCAGGAUGGUCUCUAUGGAGCAGAAGUCUACGGCGGCUAUCCCGCUGCAUACAGGGUGGCCCAAUCUGCUUCUGCUGCUGCAGCCUACAGUGAUGGAUACGGCCGUGUGUACGCCACAGCUGCAGACCCGUAUCCCCACUCUGUGGGACCAACGACAACGUACGGCGUCGGCACUGUGGCCAGUUUGUACCGAGGAGGAUACAACCGCUUCACUCCGUACUGACGAUGAUGAUGACCUGACUGAAGUGUAAAUAUUGAACUGUUCCCCGCGCCGACGCCUUUGCAUUAUUUAUGUAUCGUCGAGACGUCAACACCACCGUGACAUUUCUUCCACAACUUUUCUUGUGUGGAUGAUGUGCUCUAUUUAAGUGUGCGUGCGUGUGUGUGUGUGCGUGUGCGUGUGUGUGGGAGACAGCUGUUUCAUAAUGGAGGUACUUUCUGCAGAGCUCAUUUUUGACUGGAUUUGUUUGCCUCACCAACUACCUCUUUUCUUUUCUCUUUGCUUUCCUUUUCUUUUCUUUUGGAUUUUUACUUCUCUUCUUUUCCUCCCGCUUCUCUUCCUGCUGCCGUGUGUGAUGUUCACCUCAAAAUAAAACUUCUUCUGCUUCUCCCACCCCAUUCUAUCCAUUUCUCGUGGUUUACACUGUGUACCUUUACUUUAUUUUCUGUGCUUUUAGUUUGAAAAGGUGGCCUUCUUGUGUUGUUCUGGAUAGUAGGUGUGGGUGAUACUGCAGAUGCCAGCAUCGAUCCGAUACCAGGUGAAGACGGGGCCGCGUAGUGCUGACACCAAAUAAUGAUACCCACACUUUUUACGAUAAAUUACUGUUGAACGAUUUUGCCUUUAAUUUGUCGAUGGUUGUCGUCAGAAAAAAAAUCAUUUUAACCAGCAAACAUAUUUGUGAACAAUUCAACAACAUAUAAGUACAAUAAUGGAACAAUAUCAACAAAAUAGCACAAUUAUUCCCUUUUAUUAUACACCAAUGAGUACAAAUAAUCAAUAGGGUCAAUAGCUGGGGUGUCACGAGACACUCACGAGACAAGACGAGUCGAGAUGACACCCAAGCUUGAACAUAACUUUUAAGAAAAGUACAGUGAAAAAAAUGUUUUUCAGAUUGCAAUGUAUCUGUGUAGCAAUGUAUGUAUGUAGAUUGCAAUGUAUUGCAAUCUACUCGUUUAGUUUCUACUACGUUACCUUGCUUCGCUCUUGACGAGGCUAACCGCUGCUGCACUCUGUGUGUAUUGUUCAAGACAAUUCAGUAGUACAGUAAAAAACCCUGCAGGUCCUUCUGAUCGCUAACAGAUGAGUAAAUAGUCCCAGGUCCUCACCAAGAGCAACAAACCAAAGUGGAGGGGAAGCAGCUUUAAAGUAGAGGAUUGAGUAACCCAAUUUAGUUGGGUUACUCCGUUGUGCUCCAUCUCGAUCUAAGAGGGCCGUCUCUACACAGCAGGCUGCGAAAACCUGGGCGAGUUUCCCGGGGUGUCCAAAUUGCGGCCCAGGGGCCAUUUACGGCCCACGACUGCUUUUUUAUUGGCCCUCGGCACAUUCCAAAAAUACGAUCAAACAAUACAAUAAAAAAAAAACAACAGCAAAAAUGGAAAAAACAAGGCAGUAAUUUGACAAGAAUAAAGGCAAGAUAUAUAUAAAAGACAGAAAAAAUAGCAUAAAGAUGAAAUAUUAUUCAAAUAUAUAUAUAAGAAACAAACCAAACAAAGAAUUUCGUUGAAGUUUUAGGAAAAUUAGGUUGGGCAAAUGGUAUAAUGUUAUGUUCAUAAAUUCAAAAUAUUAUGAGAAUAAAAAUGUACAAGUAGAACGUUAAAAUAUUUGUAAAAAUAAAUUUUAAAAAGCCAAAAAGUAA